AUGGCGAAGGCCUUGGAAGGCGCUAGGCUGGAAAACAAAGGAGCCAAGAAGAAGACCUUCAACUGCAGGAAGUCCACUUUUAAGGUGGGUAAGGCCGGUGAUAUCUCUGCGGAUUCUUGGAAGUUUAUGGACUGGGAUUACAAACGGCGCGAUCUCCCGACCUACGCUCGAGGGCUCUUCACUGCGAAGAGGAAGGACGGCACCACAGAGAUAGUCACUCGGGGCUACGACAAGUUCUUUAAUGUCGACGAAGUCAGCGCAACACAGUGGAGGAAUAUUGAAGCGUAUACCGAAGGCCCGUAUGAGCUCAGUGUGAAAGAGAACGGAUGCAUCAUAUUUAUUUCUGGACUCGAGGAUGGGUCUCUGCUAGUCUGCAGCAAGCAUUCAACCGGAGCUCGCGCGGACACCGAUAGGAGCCACGCGCAGGUUGGUGAAGAGUGGAUUGAGCGGCAUGUUGCGACGGUUGGCAAAUCUACUGCGGAAUUGGCUAAGCAGUUGCGUGAGAUGAAUGCUACUGCUGUCGGGGAACUAUGUGAUGACAGCUUUGAAGAGCAUGUUCUUGCGUACGAUUCCGCUGCUGCAGGUAUCUACCUUCAUGGAAUCAACUAUAAUCUGCCUGAGUUUGCUACUCUCCCUAGUUCAGAGGUACAUAGGUUUGCGGAUGCUUGGGGAUUCAAGAAAGCGAAUUUUGUGGUUUACGAUGACCUCAGCACUGUGAAAAAAUUCCUGGAGAAGUGCGCCGAGACUGGCUCUUGGGAUGGCCGGGACACCGAAGGUUUCGUUAUUCGAUGCAAAAUGAGCGAGAACGGCCAUGGUCCGUACCGGGAUUGGUUCUUCAAGUACAAAUUUGAGGAGCCGUACCUGAUGUAUCGGCAGUGGCGUGAAUGCACCAAGGCAAUUCUCUCAGGAAAAGCACCGAAGAUCAAGAAGCAUAAGAAGAUCACGGAGGAGUAUUUGGCCUACGCCCGUCAACAAUUUGCCCUACAUCCGAAGUUAAGGGAACAGUACCAGCACAAUCACGGCAUCAUCUCUAUGCGCGACGGGUUCCUCAAGGAGCGUGGACUCAACGGAGCUCAGAUCAUCCAAAUGGAAGCUGAAAAUGUUACACGGGAUGUCGUACUGGUACCAAUUGCAUCCAUAGGCUGCGGGAAGACAACGGUAGGCCUGGCUUUGACGAAGCUGUUUGGCUGGGGCCAGGUCCAAAAUGACAACAUUCCCAAGCAGAAGAACAAGCCGAAGCAAUUCGUUGCGAACAUUCUAAAUCUUUUAAUGGACAAGCCGGCCGUUAUCGCUGACCGAAACAAUCAUCAGAGGCGCGAACGCUCUCAGCUGAUAAACGAUAUUGUUGCGGGUUCUCCAAAUGCCCGGUUUGUCGCUCUGCAUUAUGUCCACGAGCCGAAAGAUAUGAUGCUCCCUCUGAUCCGAGAGGUUACCCGCAAGCGUGUGCUCGACCGUGGGGAUAACCACCAGACCAUUCGUGCGGGGACAAAGGAUACAGACGAGGUUCUUGGCAUCAUGGAGGGAUUCCUGCGCCGCUUCGAGACUGUUGAUGUCGAUCAUGAGCCGGACCAGAACUUCGACGAAGUCAUCGAUCUUGAUGUUACAGCGUCCUCGCGCGAAAACCUCGAAAAGGUUGUUAAUGCCCUACACUCGGCUUAUCCUCAGCUUGUGACAAAGGUCCCAUCCGCCCAGGAACUCGACGACGCCAUCAACUAUGCUACCAGCGAGUACUCCGUCGAGGUCGAUCACAGCGCCUCAUAUGGCCAGUCCAAACCUUCUAAACAGAGCAAUAAAAGCAACAGCAACAAAAAUGGCGGCUCCGAAAUAAACAUUGAAGCCAAGGUUCGAAAAAUCGAAUACUUCGGCAUCUCCCUUCCCACCUCCUCCGUUACUGAUCUCCUUCACUCCCUCUUCGCCAACCCAGCCAUCACUCCUGAAAAAGCCCGCCUUUACCAUCAUCUCGUCAACUCCCGCCGGGUCCAGCCCGCCUUCCACGUAACCCUGAUCCACAAAGCCCUCAAGACAGCUCAUCCAGAUGUCUGGGAGGACCUGGUCAACCGAUACGUUGGGCAGAUGAAGAAAAACCCACCGAAAGACCACGCACUCACUCCUCCCUUAGGGUCUGCGCGCGUCCGCCUUGAGCGCCUUAUCUGGGAUGAUAAGAUUAUGACGUUUGUUGCGCGGAUCAUGCCUGGUGAGCCAGAAAACAGUGGUGACAAUGCUGAGCCCCAGCCAGACUGGAUCUGCGUUAAUCCACUUCCCCAUGUCACGGUAGGCACGGUUUCGCCAGCCGUCAAGCCAAAGGAGAGUAAUGAUCUGUUGCAGAGGUGGCUGCAGGAGGGAUCGCAGGGUACGGGCAUCUGGGAGAUGGAGAUCCCGGGGGUGAAAGUCGUUAACGGGACUGUAAAUGUUACUAUGAGUCGGGGCAAAUAA